AUGUCGGGCCCUAAUACAGAGGUCAAGGACUGGCUGUCCAAGACCGCCUCGCCGCCGCCUCCUGGCUCGCCCUACGCCGUGCCUGUUCCCGGUUCCGAACGCGAAGGCCGCAGCGCUGUCUAUCGCCACUGGCGAUUCAGAGACCAGCCGCUCUUGUCCACAUAUGAUCCAUCGGUUCGGACCUUUCAUGAGCUCAUUCAAGACACAGUCAGACGUUUUCCCAACAACAGAUGUCUGGGCACGCGUCACUGGAACCCUGCUACCAAGAGCUGGGACAACAAGUACACCUGGCAGACGUAUGCGCAGGUUGCAGAGCGCUCAAAGAACUUUGGCUCUGGUAUCCUCGAGCUUCACCGGAGAGUCGGCGUGACUGCUGACAAGUUUGGUGUUGGUCUUUGGUGCCAGAACCGUGCUGAAUGGCAGAUUACUGAUAUCGCUCUCAGCUCACAGUCGCUAUUCACUGUAUCUCUCUACGAGACCCUCGGACCCGAGACGUCCGAGUUCAUUGUCAAGCAUGCUGAGCUCGCCUGCAUAGUCACCUCGCUCCCGCAUAUUCCGACCCUGCUUGCGGUUGCCUCGCGACUUCCGCAGCUCAAGCUCAUCAUUUGCACUGACUCCCUUGAUGCUGGAGAACCCGAAGGCUACUCCAAACUCGCAGUGCUGAACAACAUUGCGAGCCAGCAUGGCGUCCAGAUUUGGGCCAUGGAGGGCGUCGAAAAGCUGGGCAAAGAGGUCGCACACCCAUACCGCCCUCCUCAGCCCGAGGAUAUCCUCACCAUCAACUACACUUCUGGCACAACCGGCGACCCCAAAGGUGUCGUCUUGACACAUGGAAACUGCGUUGCAGCUGUGACGAGCAGUCGCAUGUCCGGAAACAUGUCUCACAAGGACUCGUCCAUGUCGUAUCUUCCCCUCGCCCACAUAUACGGCCGGGUCUGUGAUCAGACGGCCUUUGCCGAGGGUGCUGCUCUGGGUUUCUUCCACGGAAACGUUCUCGAGCUGGUGGACGAUCUCAAGGUUUUGAAGCCCUCGGGAUUCAUCUCGGUCCCCCGACUCUACAACAAGUUUGCCAUGGGCAUUAAAGCCCAAACUAUUGAGGCUGAAGGCUUCAAGGGUGCUCUCUCACGCAGAGUCAUUGAGACCAAGAAGGCCAGCAUGAAAUUGCCUCCUGGCAAAGCCAACAAUACGCAUCUACUCUAUGACCGAAUUUGGACACCCAAGGUUCUUGCUGCUGUUGGUCUGGAACGGUGUCAUUCCAUGGUGAGCGGAAGUGCUCCAUUGGACCCCUCCGUCCACGAGUUCCUUCGGGCUGCGUUUGGCAACUACAUUACCCAAGGCUAUGGCUUGACCGAAUCUUAUGCCGUGGCUUCCUACCAGCUCAGGGGUGAUUUUACGACUGGCAACAUUGGUCCUCCUGCCCCUGGAACUGAGAUCUGCUUAGAGUCACUGCCUGAUUUCGAUUACCUGGCGACAGAUAAGCCGUAUCCUCGUGGAGAGCUGCUCCUUCGAGGCCCAACCAUCUUCCGGGAGUAUUUCAAGAACCCCGAGGAAACCCAAAAGGCUCUCGAGUCUGAUGGAUGGUUCCACACUGGAGAUGUGGCAGAGAUUGACGAGAUGGGACGCAUCAAGAUCAUUGACCGCAAGAAGAAUGUCCUCAAGCUCGCACAAGGUGAAUACGUCUCGCCAGAGCGCCUUGAGAAUGUCUACAUGGGCAAUUCGAGCCUCAUGACCAUGGCAUUCGUUCAUGGAGAUGGCACACAGUCGCACCUGGUUGGUAUCUUUGGCGUUGACCCAGCCACAUUUGGGCCAUUUGCCAGCAAGGUCCUCAAGAAGACUGUCGCUGCGGAUGAUCUUGAAGCAAUCAAGGCUGCCGCCAAGGAUCCGCGCGUCAUCAAGGCAUUUGUCAAGCAUCUCGACGAUAUUGGCAGGAAGAACAAGUUCAAUGGAUACGAGCGCGUGAAGAAUGUCGUUCUUGAGAUUGAGCCAUUCACCAUUGCAAAUGAGCUUCUUACACACACUCUCAAGCUCAAGAGAGCCCAAGCCGCAAAGAAGUACCGAUCAGAAAUUGACCGCAUGUAUGUCGAAAUCAACGCCGAGUACCCGAUCAAGUCCAACCUAUAA